UGUGUGUGUGUGUGUGUGUGGUCUGCCUGCCAGGAGCUGCUGCAUCUGAUCAUUAUAUCUGUAAUUGAUUCUGAGAUCAGCCUGGACACUCAGUGUGAAUAUUAGUGUAAACUGUACCUGCGCCUGUCACGGAUCACACACGUCUGAAUCAGUUUAUUGAUCUAAUCAGGAACAUUAAUCAGAAGCUGACGGACAUCACAACGACACUUCUGCCCUUUCAGGAGAUUUCUAGAGUGUGAAUGAGUGUGAGGAGGAGGAGAAGAAGAAGAAGAAGAGGAGGAGGAGGAGAAGAAGAAGAAGAGGAGGAGGAGGAGAACGAGGAGGAGGAGGAGGAGGCCGCACGACUGCUGCACUCAGAUGAUCUCAGUAAUCAUGAUGAGGAUGAAAGCGCUUGUCAUUGGGAGACGUCGUCUACAUCAUGCUGCAGUUUGGGGGUUUCUGCUGUAAUCCCGCUCUCUGUCCUGCAGACCCACUCUGAGAUGUCUGAAUAGAUCUGGAAUGACCCGUGUGUCAGAGCAGCUCAUUCUCAUCAUCUCUGGCUCAUUAUUAUUGGACUGUUUCUCACUUGAACACACACACGUCUGCUCAGAAUCACAGCAGACCUUCAGCUGGUCCACAUGGCCCAGUGUGUGCGUCUGUGUUUGCUGUGCUGGGCGCUCGGGCUGCUGGCAGCUCCUCUGGAGAACAUGAGCUCUGCUGACAGGCGGUCCAAACACCCUGAACACCCGGAGCCCUCACAGGCUGUCCUGCAGAGGCAGAAGCGCAGCUGGGUCUGGAACCAGUUCUUCGUGCUGGAGGAACACACCGGCACAGACCCGCUGUACGUCGGCAAGCUGCACUCGGAUGUGGAUUCUGGCGAUGGGAGUGUGCGGUACGUGCUGACGGGCGAGGGAGCUUCAUCCAUCUUCACUAUCGAUGAGGAAACGGGUGAUAUUCAUGCCAGAAAGCGUCUGGACCGCGAGCAGCAGGGCUUCUACCGGCUGCGGGUUCGAGCGGAGCACAAACUGACCCGCGUUCCACUGGAGGACGAGAGCGAACUCAUAGUGAAGGUGCAGGACAUCAACGACAACCAGCCACGAUUUCUGGAGGAGGCGUACAGCGCAGCGGUGCAGGAGAACUCUCCACCUGGCACUCUGGUGGUUCAGGUUUCAGCAACAGAUGCAGAUGAUCCCACUUACGGCAACAGCGCCAGAAUAGUCUACAGCAUCACACACGGACAGCCGUACUUCUCAGUGGAGGCCAGGACAGGCAUCAUACGGACAGCUUUACCCAACAUGGACCGAGAGCUGCGGGACCAGUAUGUGCUGGUCAUUCAGGCCAGGGAUAUGGAGGGUCAGAUGGGCGGCCUGUCCGGAUCCACCUCAGUGACGGUCACACUCACAGACGUCAAUGAUAAUCCUCCACGCUUCGCUCACAAGCGGUACGAGUUCUCGGUGCUGGAGUCAGCAUCUGUGCUGUUAGCGGUGGCCAGACUGAAGGCUGCAGAUGCUGACAUCGGCUCCAAUGCAGAGCUGGACUACAGUAUAGUGGAUGGAGACGCAGCCGGAGCUUUCAGCAUCAGCACUGAUGAGGAGACACGAGAGGCAGUCAUUAUCCUCCAGCAGCCUUUGGACUAUGAAACUAAAAGCACUUUUUCUCUGAAGAUUGAAGCCACGAAUCGAAACAUUGACCCUCAGUUUGCGACCUUUGACCCCUUCAGUGAUACGGCGACUGUGGAGAUUAUUGUAGAAGAUGUAAAUGAGCCGCCGGUGUUCUCCACACCCGUCAGUCACUUUCAGGUUUCGGAGGCGGUGAAGGUUGGCACUGUCAUCGGUACGGUGUCAGCCCACGACCCAGACUCCUCCAGCUCUGCUAUUAGAUACUCUAUAGACCGUAACACAGAUCUGGAGCGCUUCUUCCAUGUGGACGUGGUGUCUGGAGCUGUCAGCACAGCCAAACCGCUGGACAGAGAAGCAGAACCACAGCACAACAUCACCAUAAUCAGCUGGGAGAACUUGGAUCCGUCUCAGGUUAGCCGGGGAUUGGCUGUGAUCUCCGUGUUGGACAUUAAUGAUAACGCUCCAGAGUUUGCCAUGCAGUACGAGACGCUCUUAUGUGAGAAUGCUGCAUCUGCACAGGUACAUGCUCUCAUCAGCAUGCUCUCAUCAGCUGAACCACCAUGCUCUCAUCAGCCUGUAGUGUUCUCCACUUCAGUGUGACUCCAUGGGUUCAUAAAUCUGAUUUCUAUUAAUAAUUGUUGUGUGGUUUUGUUGUCCGCACAUUCAACAAUGUAAAGUAUUUAACAAGAAUAUUUCAUGCACUCAAAUCAGGGAUGUGUUAUUUUAGCGUUCCUUUAUUUUUUGAGCAGUGCAUAUAAUAUAUACAUCUCUCCCUUAAAAACAGCACAAUGUACUUGUCAUUUAAGCUUUGCAUGAUUUUAUCAACUAAUUUAUUAAUUAAUAGUAAAUAAUAAAUCUCUUACUCUGUGUUUGAAUGAUGUCCCGAAAUCUGAAAAGUACUGAAAGCAGACGGUUAUAUAAAGCAACACGGGUCAUAUUAUACACACCUGUAACCCAAAUAGACCAACACUUGCAGAUAAAGUUCAUUAUUUAGCUGAGAGUAAGUGAAUAAGAUCGUCAGAGCACUGUGGAUCUGUUUUUCAGAUCAGAACUCAGAGCUGUUUCCACAAGUCAAUGUAACACACACAGGCCUGUGUGAAAAUCAGAUGAGUCCUGUAGGCUAAACCCACAGAGUAUUUGUGUUGAGUAUACACAUCUUAAAUCACUAUAUACAUCUACCAAAGCGUUAUGCUCAAUAACACACGUUCAGUCUGUUGAUGGAAAAGUGACCCUCAUAUGAGAGACUCGUGUAGUUCUGCAGUCACUGAAUCACUACAUCAAGAGACAAUCUGAUUACCAACACCCUAACAUAGAAAUGACAUGAUGCAUCCCAUCAUCUGUGAAUUUAAAGUAUGAACUCAGUUUCAUCGCUCUCUGAAAUAAACACGAGUCCUUUACCUCUUCUGCAGGUUAUUCAGACCAUCAGUGCUGUGGAUAUUGAUGAUCCUCCUGGCAGCCAUUGCUUCCGUUUCUCUCUCGACUUCUCUGCUGGCAAUAAUAGCAACUUCACCCUGCGAGAUAAUAACAGUACGCUCUGAGAACUACUGCCUCUGUUUCAGUGACGCAGCGCUGAAGACUCUCUGUUUCACUGAUGUUGUCCUUCUCUCUGCCCUCUGCCAGAUAACACCGCUUCACUGUUGACCCGGCGCUCUGGUUUCCGGCGGGUGGAUCAGCCGCUGUACCUGCUGCCGGUGCUGAUGGUGGACAGUGGUCAUCCGGCACUGAGCAGCACACACACUCUGCCUGUGC